AGUACCAAGGCACAAUUCUGCUUUUUCCUCAGGCUUUCAAAGCAUCUCCCAGCAUGGACGGAGCUUUCGUGGGCACUUGGAGACCUCAUCGCCCACGGGGCCUCAUCUCGGCCCAGUUCACCAGCCCUGGACCCAAAUACUCAGUCCAGGGGACAACGGGUUACAUCAACCACAACCCCACCAAAGUCAAAGCCCCCGCGUACACCUGCAGAGGGGCAAAAGCUCCUGCGGAAGGUGGCUGCUCCCCAGGCCCUCACUAUUACGUGGAGCCCUCCAUGACCAGGACUGGGAAGUACGUGGCUCCAGCCUACGCCAUCACUGGACUUCCCAGGAUAAAGACGGAGAUCACACCUGGACCCAGCGAUUACAGCCCGGAGAAGUCCAACCGACACAUCUUUAAGUGCCCGCCUGAGCCAUCCAUGGCCUUCCGGAACAGGGGAGUCAAAACCGACUUCACUCCAGGUACGUGACCACAGGGAGAUGGAAACCCUUGUGGCUGGGGAGGC